AACUGUUUUAUUGAAUUGCUCUUCAUCUUUUUUCAUACACAACACAGUGGUGCUGGGUUUGAAUUUUAAGAAUCAUUUCUCAUAUUAUUUUUUUUUCCUUCACUUCACAAAAGACAAGUUGGAACCAUAAUUAAGCUCCACAAAGACACAGCGUGCAACAAUAGCUGGACUGAUGCAGAUCGCAGCAGCUGCAGGGAUGAACCGCUGGAGUCUGGGAAACGCUGGGAAUGCCAGUAAAUCGGACAGAAGUGGGCCGCACAGAGGGAAGCUGAUGAUGCUGAUGUGGAUUAUCCUCUUCAGCUCUCUGUGCCUGAUGGUCGACGGCCAGAUGAAGAUCCCACCAGAAACGGUGCAGCAGUGGGCUGUGUCCUUUGGCAAAGAGAUACGUACCCUAUCCUCAAGAUACUCUGGAGCUAAACUGCUACAGAAGAAAUACAAGGACGUUGAGGGUGUGGUGAAGAUAGAGGAGGUGGACGGAGAGGAGCUGGUGAAGAAGUUUGCAGAGGAGAUGGAGGAGAUGCUUGGCAGGAAGAUGAAGUCUGUGAAGAGGUUAGCAGAAGCAGCAGAGGAUGCUGAUCUUUACCACGAGUACAAUGAAACUCUGGAGUUUGACUAUUAUAACUCCAUGCUGAUCAACACGGUGGAUGAGGAUGGGAACGCAGUGCCUCUGGGAGGAGAAUUCCCUCUGGAGGAAAAUGAACACUUCAAUAAAUUGCCUGUCAACACGCAACUGAGUAACAUACAAGUCCCCACUAAUGUCUACAACAGAGAUCCAGAUAUUCUGAAUGGAGCCUACAUGUCUGAGGCUCUGAAUGAUGUGUUCAUCGAUAACUUCCAGAAGGAUCCAACUCUCACGUGGCAGUACUUUGGCAGCUCUACGGGCUUCUUCAGGCUGUACCCUGGGAUCCAGUGGAUUCCAGAUGAAAAUGGUGUGGUCACCUUUGAUUGCAGAAACAGAAAUUGGUAUAUCCAAGCAGCCACAUCUCCUAAAGAUGUGGUGAUUGUUGUGGAUGUCAGUGGCAGUAUGAAGGGACUCAGACUGACCAUAGCCAAGCACACCAUCAAUACAAUCCUGGACACUCUUGGAGAAAAUGAUUUUGUUAACAUCAUAGCUUACAGUGACUACGUUCGCUAUGUGGAGCCCUGCUUCAAGGGCACACUGGUACAAGCUGAUCUGGAUAACAGAGAGCAUUUCAAGCUUUUGGUUGAGGAGCUUCAUGUCAAAGGGGAGGGCAAAGUGAAAAAAGCAAUGAAGGAAUCUUUCAAGAUCCUCAACGAGGCUGCAGCACAGGGCCAGGGCAGCCUGUGUAACCAGGCCAUCAUGCUGAUAACAGACGGAGCCAUGGAAGACUUCCAGGAUGUUUUUGAAGAGUUCAACUGGCCAGAUCGACGGGUUCGAGUCUUCACGUAUCUAAUUGGACGAGAGAUGACAUUUGCUGAAAAUGUCAAAUGGAUUGCCUGCAACAACAAGGGUUACUACACACACAUCUCCACGCUGGCUGACGUCCAGGAAAACGUUAUGGAGUACCUCCAUGUUCUCAGCCGGCCUAUGGUCAUCAACCAUGAUCAUGACAUCAUAUGGACUGAGGCCUAUAUGGACAGUGUGCUGUUCAACACUCAGGCUCAAAGCCUGCUCCUGAUGACCUCAGUAGCCAUGCCUGUGUUCAGCAAGAAGAAAGAGACUUUGUCUCAUGGGAUUCUGCUGGGAGUGGUGGGAACUGAUGUGGCCCUAAGAGAACUGAUGAGAUUAGCUCCAAGAUACAAGUUGGGUGUCCAUGGCUAUGCCUACCUCCUCACUAACAAUGGCUACAUCCUGUCUCAUCCUGACCUACGACCUCUGUAUAAGGAGGGGACAAAGCUAAAGCCAAAACCCAACUACAACAGUGUUGAUCUGUCAGAGGUGGAGUGGGAAGAUACGGAGGAGAAACUGAGGACAGCCAUGGUGAAAGGAGAAACUGGAACGUUAUCUUUAGACGUGAGAACUUCAGUGGAUAAAGGAAGGAGAGUGAUGUUCCUGAAGAAUGAUUACUUCUACACCAUCAUCAAUGAAACACCAUUUAGUCUGGGCAUAGUGUUAACUAGAGGAUAUGGAAAGUAUAUCUUCUCAGGAAAUGUCUCUGUUGAGGAAGGUCUUCACGACUUACUGGCUCCAGAUCUGACCAUAGCCAGCGAAUGGACAUAUUGUGAGACAGACAUUGACCCAGCCCAUCGCAAGCUGAGCCAGCUGCAAGCUGUAGUACGAUACCUCACUGGCAAAGAACCACAUCUGGAGUGUGAUGUGCAGUUGUUGCAACAAACUCUGUUUGAUGCUGUGGUCACAGCUCCUAUGGAAGCUUACUGGACUGCUCUUAUGCUCAACACAUCUGGUAUGGAGGAGGGGGUAGAAACAGCGUUCUUGGGGACCCGCUCAGGCCUGAUGAGAUUCCAGCGGUACACUGGUAUUGAGAAAAGAAUUGCCAAGUCUUUCCUGACCUCCACAGACAAGGAGAAUAUGUUCACAUUGGACCAUUUCCCAGUGUGGUACCGCAGAGCAGCCGAGUACCCAGCUGGACAGUUUCUAUACUACAUGCCCAGGCAGGACGCUAGAGCAGGGAGGAUAGUGAUCGCUACCACUGCUGUCACUGUGACAGUGGGCACAAAAACUGCCAUCGCUGGAGCCAUCGGUGUGCAGAUGACUCUCGAGGUGAUUGAGUCCAGAUUCAGGGCCAUCACGAUACAGUCAAAUGACACAGAUUGCUCUGACGUGGAGGGGAUUUGUCCUCUUCGGUGUGACAGCCUUGAUAUUGAUUGCUACGUGAUUGACAAUAAUGGCUUUGUCCUAAUUUCUAAACAGCGCAGUAAUGCCGGGAGGUUCUUUGGCGAGGUUGAUGGAUCAGUGAUGACCACACUGAUCAGAAUGGGCAUGUUCAAAAGGGUGUCCUUGUUCGACUACCAGGCCAUGUGCAAGAUGAACUUGCACUCUGUCAGCAGCGCCCGUCCACUUCUCAGCCCGUUCUAUGGUUUGGCUUCAGCACUCAAGUGGUUCCUCUCCAACUUCCUACUAUUUCUCCUGGAGUUUAAUUUCUGCAGCUUCUGGCACACGGAGCAUUUUGCCGAUGCCAAGCCAUCUUUCAGCGUGUCCUCAGCUCAUAAGAAAAAAGGAGACAUCCUGCAGCCGUGUGACACCGAGUACCCCAGCUUCGUUUAUGAGCCGUCAGUCAAAGAGACCAACAGCAUUAUUAAGUGUGGACGCUGCCAGAAGAUGUUUGUAGUGCAACAGAUACCAGAGACCAACCUUUUGAUGCUGGUGGUCCAGGCGGACUGUGACUGCUCCAGACAGUACGGGCCGAUCACCAUGGAGCCCAAGGAAGUCAAAUAUAACGCCUCAGUAAAGUGCGACAGGAUGAGGUCGCAGAAGAUUCGCAGACGACCCGAGUCCUGCCACGCCUAUCACCCGCAGGAAAACGCCAAUGACUGCGGACGCGCUUCUUUCAUAUCUCUCUCAGCUUCUCUCUUCUUUAUCUGUCUCUCCUUCUCUGCACUGGUCUCCUGAUGAUGGACAACUUUGCUGUUUCCUAUAAAGGUGGAGAUUGGAGUAAAUCAAGAGAUGUGUUUGGACACUGGACACCUCAAGUGGAUUUUUUUAAAAACGCACAGUUUUCUCAUGACAACCACAAGCCUAGUCUCUCCUGACGGACUUUUGACGUGGUUUAUGAGAACUGGUUUGUUAAUUCCUGCAAAUUAUUACAUCUGAAGUAAAACCUGCAAAGAAGGCAAGUUAAUGGGUUGUUGUUGCCAUGGAUACUUUUCCAUUAGUUACUUUCUCAGGCACCAGUUUGCAUCUCAAAAUGAAAAGGGACUAAAGAGAUGCAGGUGGUGGCUGUGACAUGCAUUUAUAAAAGGGAUUAUGAGUCACAAUAUGCAACAUAACAAAGUCCAGGGGGAAAAAUAUGUUUUUCAUUUCCCAUAUCACGGUGAAUUUUGUGUUGCAGAUGCACAUGCGUAUUAUAUAUGCAGCUGCAAGCAUGCAUACCUCCAACAGACACACAUCCAAUAUUUACCAUCCACGAUGCUUUAUUUACAGACUUUUUUUUAACAUUGAAUCAUAGCCACUGAGAGAGGGGCAACAUAAAUAUGUGGGGAAGCACUGUUAUGCGACUGGUCAUGUUUUACAUGGUUGUUUGCAAUGGAUUAAUGGAUAAUGGACAUGAUUAUGGCUCAGUGCCUAGAAAGUAGUCACAGUUGGGUUAUAUAGAAUUUAUAUAAAUAUAAAAAUGUAAUAAAGUUAAUAAGAAUGGGGAUUUUCGGCCCCCUGAGGAUGUCACUAUUGAGUUCAUACUUUGAUUACGUCCCAAAAAUAAUUGUUUCUUUAAAAAAAUGUCUGUCUGCCUUUCUGUCUUUUUCUGCUGUGUCUUUCUCUGUGUUUGUAAAUACUGUUUGUAAUUAUGUUUGUCUGUUUGGCUGGACAUGUGGAAGCUGGAACUCUCACAGUGUGUAGGUCUAAAAUCCGCAUGGAUAACACAAUGAUAGGCUAAGGAUCAAAAUCUAUUCACAUAGGUUAUUUUAACGUUUUCAAUCUGCAUGUGUUUGCAACAAAGGGUUAUUUUCACAAUUACAUAGAUAUAAAUUAUUCAGGAUUUAAUUUUAAAGCUAUUUAAAUGCAUUUACUGGAGACUGUGAUAUUUCAAUACUUUUCUAAACCCUCAACCUCAUGUAUCUGCUUCUUAUUGCCAUAAAUAACUAUGAUUUUAUAAUUUUGUGAUAAAUGCAAAAAUAAAGGUAGCACUCACUCUGACAAACAACAUUGUCAUAUGAAAGAAACUUGGUCUCAGAUUUUAUUUUAUUUUUUCUUUUUGGAAAUGUCCUGUUCAUACAUUUGUAAUUGCAAUGUAAAUUAAAAAUGUAAAUCUAAUCUCAUAAGGUAUUUUUGUAUACAUCUUCUUGUGUGUCUCUUGCUUUGGACUGUUUAAUCAGCAUUUCAUUGUAUUCUGGGCUGUGAGUGUUCCUGUAGCUUUUUCUAUAAUAUUUUUCAUCAUCUUUUAAAGCAUGUCUUUGGGUUGGACUAUUUCUGAUGACGAAUUUGCCUGAGAUUUUGCCUGUUUAUGUAAUAGACUCAGAUACAUAUUGUGUGCGUGGGUGUGCAUCAUUACAGUUUGUUCUCUCUCGCUGAAAUCAUGAGAGUAACUUAAUUCGUUUCAUUUUUGUUUGUAAUUUCCACUGUACAAUAUCCUGUAUAUUGUGUGGCUGACACAUCCACAUUGUAUGUUGGUUGACUGAAGCCAUGAUUUGUACAAAGUAAAUAAAACGAUCCUUCUGGGUUUUUGUACUGUA